GGUGGAUCUGGUGCCAACUCGAUAACUCCAUCAGCAGCCAGCAAGACGAGGCCACUCUGCAGGCCGCUCUGCCGCGACGACACGUCACACGAACAACAGAAAUGCUCGCUAGGAGCGACGCACCACAUAUCCACUCCCACUGCACACCGCGCUGCAGCAACAACGUCGGCAGAUUGCCAGCUGCCCUCCGCGACCGGCCUUCUCAUUGGCCCAGCACACAGCUCCUCUAAGCGCCUCACCUGCCUGCCGUGCACCAUGCCAUGCCCGAACUGAGGUGGCCCGACCGACACGAUCCCGCUCUCGCCAACCACGCCGACGAUACCUCCUCCCCUCCUCCGCCUCCGCGUACCGACAUGUCCUCUUCCCAGGACGGCGAGCGGAAGAGGCACCGUCGCAAGCACCACUCCACCGACGAGCGGGACUCGCGCGACAAGACUUCCCGAUCAUCGCAUAAAUCCUCCUCCGCUACCAAGCUCCCGCUCCAUUCCUCCACGCGAAAGUCUACCGACCGGGAGCGAGAUCCGACGACUUCAGAGAGGAGCGACGCCAGCAGCAUCCGCAAAAAGACUGCCUCCAUGGCUGUGCCAGAAAUGGAGCGUCGCUCAAUCAGCGGUGAAGCACCGAGCUCAUAUCCAACCUUCAGCAAAGCCCACAGCAGAGAAGCGGUGGGCAGAGACGAUGCGAGCAAGACCAAGGCAGACCCCAUCACUCCCGACGCUACAGACCUGGGCAGCAACGAGGGGCGGCGGAAAAAGUCGACCCCCGCACCACCAACACGCGCCCCGCCUAGCCCACCACUCACCGCUGAUGAGCCCGAGCCAAGGAGGUCAAGCAGUGGGAGGAGUAAGAGGUCGAGCGUGGAGGAUAUUAAGCUGAAAACGGACAGCCCAAGAAAGAGCUCAGAUGGAGGACUACGUGCGAGCGGCGUGAAUGGGGUCAAGAAUGCAAAGUCGGGCACGAGUUUACGGAAAGAGGCGCGGUUUGGGUCGGAAAUUUCGAGCAUGCCAGGGACGUUCCCGGACGAAGAGCGCAAGUCAACACCGGUCAGCAGUUACAGGAGGACCGAAUCGACAACAUCACGCGAUCGAUCUACACUGACCGAAGAGACCACGGACUCGGACGCAACGUCGAUUGCACCUGAUCGAAAGCCCAGCAGACAGAGCAGGAGACCCAUUCAUGUCGUGAAUACGCAAGACUACAACUCACCCUCUGUGACUGACUCACAGCCGAAGACUCCUGUUCAAGAAUAUGCCGCACGAGCAACUCCCAUCAUCGACGUUGGUGCUGCGAACUCGCACCACGGCAGGUCGUUCCCAACACCAAUGACUGCGAAGCAAAUGCCACCUCCCCCUCCGCCUCCCCCACCUCCGGUGACAGGUCCGAGGGAAGCCCCGCGCGUGGACUACUUGUUGAAGAACGGCGGCCUGCCCACACCCGUUCCUCGCAGAUUGAUACAGACUGGACCCCCUGUACAACCUUUUAGCGUCUACCAAUCACCAGCACUUGGUCAGACUGCACCCCUGGAAGAGUAUGCGAAAGUGUUCAACUCGCUUCAUAAGCGAUUGGAUGACUAUCUGCACGUGCUGCAAGGAAAUGGCUCGGUUGCAGUAGCUACCGGAUACAAGUCCGUUGCGAGAAGGUUGCUGGACAAGCUCUCGCAGGUCUUUGCUCGGGACAUCUCCUCACAGCGAUGUGACUGUGUCGUGUGUAAAACAACGCCACAGCCCACACUUUCUGAUGAGGAGGACACUGGUAUCAGCUGGGGCGAGAUUCUGGAAUUCGUCGCAGGUCGACGAGAACUCCCGCAAUGGCCCCCUUUCUCGAUCGAACCUGAUGACAGCGGGCUUGGCAUUUCAGGUGCCACCCAGGCGCCCAUGCAGAAACUGGACAUCGACGUUCCCGAAGAAUACAAAGACCACUACAUUCGACAGAAUCAGAAGACGAAGCGCGCAGUGCAGAGUUGGCUCUCACAACAACCCGAAUAUCCCUGCAGUCCGCCUGAAGAGGCAGAUGAGGAUACUCUCAUGUUUGCCAUGAUGACCAAACUGAACCAAUACCAACGCAAUCUUUUCAUUGCACUUAUGCAUGGGCAAAGCAGCAUUGCAUCGUCCAGAGCGCCGACACCUGCAGAACGCCCGACGACCUCCUCUACUGCUCUGCGGAGGGCUAAGAAAGCUCUGCAGAGACUCUACCGCUUGGACCGCCCGCCUCGAGAUUGUGAAGCUGCGAUGUAUCUGCUUAACAAUCCUACUCUCCACAGCAUGCUCGCCACUCUGGCCGAAGUGAACGAGGCAGAAUGGGACAUUCUCACUUCUGGCAGGUUCGAUGGAUUCCUUUGGUCUGGCGCAGAAGCUGGCUUUCCUCCUUCAGCCUCAGCAUAUGCAUCGCCAGCGGCGUCUAGAGGACCCUCGAGGAACCAGAAUCAUACGCCAUUCUCCCGGAACGGAACACCUUUCAGUGGCUUCAGCGCUGUGCCAUCACGUGGCCCGACUCCGUUCGAAGGCGAGGCACCGUCUAUUUUCCCAACUCGCGGACCGACUCCUGGACCUGGCAUGGGCGUUGCGGCGCCUGCUCCUGUGCAGCUCGAUGAGGAUACCGAGAUUGCAGUUGCCGCAGAACUGGAGCGUAACCUCUUCAUGGACAUGGAGCGCCUAGAAGAUGCAUUCGAGAUCUUGCACGGACGUGCAGAGCUUGUGCGACAGAUGCUUAGAGAGCGUUCGGCAGGUCUCGCAGCCCAAGCUCAGGCCCGGCGUGGCAGCGGCAUCGACCCAAUCGGCGUGCGCCUGGACACUCCAGCCAGCGGCAUCACUGACAUCGAAGAAGGCGACGACGAUGGGUUGGACGAUAUGGAGAGUCUUGCACCUGACGACAGUGCUUCACAAAUUAGCAGCAACCGCAUGCGACGCCACCGUGAUCGCAAACGGACUCCUGCUCCAGAGGCUGUACCUGAAGAGGACGAGAGCGUGUUCGAGGAACAACAGGAGCGGUCGCGAAGAGAGAAGACGGCCUCGCGAAACAGCGGCCGCAAAUCUAAGUACUGACAAUCAGGGGACCCGACUUCGUCUGCUUCGCCGGUGAAGCCCCCGUUGGCGUCAAUGAAGAGGUCGGUGUCCGAGAAACUGGAUGACAUUUCGAGAACGUACUUUGGUGCUGGUGGGAGUGGUGGGGGUGGUGGCAGCACCCCGCGGAAAGAAUGAUGAGCAUUGUGUGCUGCCAGCGUUUAGCGACCAAGAUCGAGUUCAGCGCUGCUUUGCUGCUCUCUCUGUGAAUAUGUGAAUGCAUAGCGAAUGGCGUUUGCAGUGAGGAUGCCCGGAAACAGGGCAAGAUGAGACGAGAUACGGAACAUGAGCAUAUGAGAUGAGAUGAGAUGAACAUGGAAAAUGUGAAUGGUACGCUUGUAUGUCUGUCACACAUUAUACAUUUCGGACAGAGCGAUGGCACAAUCUUGAGCCAAAGCUAUCGCGUUCGGGAGGAUUGAGGUUUAGUUAGCUG